AUGGCAACCCGCGCGCAGCCUGGGCCGCUCUGCCGGGCGGGAAGCGCGGGUACCGUGACGCUGGCGACAGGCGGGGCUGCGAGCACGGAGGGGCGCGGGCGGCCGGGGUCGCUGCAGGACGAGACCCUGGGCGUGGCGUCCGUGCCCUCGCAGUGGAGGGGCGUCCGGGGCAUCCUCGGGGAGACGAAAAGUUGCCAGACAGCCAGCAUUGCCACCGUGGAAGCGUCGGCUCAGGCCCGGAAGCACGCAGAUGCCCAGGUGCAGACGGAGGCCCCAGUGCCAGUUGGCGUGCUGCCUGUGUCCCGGCAUGACACCCCCCGGCUCACAGCCUUUCUUCGGAGAGUGGAGGCCAUGGUCAUCCGAGAGCUGAACAAGAACUGGCAGAGCCAUGCGUUUGAUAGCUUCGAGGUGAACUGGACUGAGCAGCAGCAAACGGUGGUUUGGCUGCCCGAGCCCCGACACAGUCACCGUUUCCAGGUGUUGAGUGUGGCCACGGAUGGGAAGGUGUUGCUCUGGCAAGGCGUCGGGGCGGGCCAGCUGCAGCUCAUCGAGGGCUUCGCGCUGGUGGUACAGCAGCUGCCACGGAGCACCAAGCUGAAGAAGCCUCCCCGGGGUGAGACCGAGGUGGGCGUCACAGCAGUGGCUUUCUCCAGCUUUGACCCCAGCCUUUUCAUUCUGGGCACUGAAGGUGGCUUCCCGCUCAAGUGUUCCCUGGCAGCAGAAGAGGCCGCGCUCACGCGGAUGCCUCACUCUGUGCCCUUGCGGGCCCCGGCACAGUUUACCUUCUCUCCCCAUGGCGGUCCUGUCUACUCUGUGAGCUGUUCCCCCUUCCACAGGAACCUCUUCCUGAGCGCAGGGACCGAUGGCCACGUCCACCUCUACUCCAUGCUGCAGGCCCAGCCCCUGACCUCGCUGCAGCUGUCCCACAAGUACCUGUUUGCUGUGCGCUGGUCCCCAGUGCGCCCCUUGGUUUUUGCAGCUGCUUCUGGGGAAGGUGAUGUGCAGCUGUUUGAUCUCCAGAAAAGCCCCCACAAGCCCAUAGUUUCAAUCAAGCAAACCCAAGAUGAAAGCCCUGUUUAUUGCCUUGAAUUCAACAACCAACAGACUCAGCUCUUGGCUGCUGGUGAUGCCAAGGGUACAGUGAAGGUGUGGCAGUUGAGCACAGAGUUCACUGAACAGAGACCCCGAGAAACAGAGAUCCUGGACCAGCUGGCAGCAGAGGUGGCCACCUGAGGGCACCAAAAGAGCGGCUGGAGCAGGGCAGGGCGUGUCCCCACUACAGAGGCGGUCGGUGUGUGCUGCCAAGUUGUGUAUUUCUGAUAUAAGCAGAAUGAAGAACAGCAAAGCUUU